UCUCGCCCAGCCUCGCCGCAUCUAGACAAACCCCCUUCCUUUCUCGUCCGCGAGCGUGACGACACCUCCCGAUUUCUCCCCCAAGAGCGAACAAACCACAAAAUAAAAAUCCGAACCUAAAUCUCCCUCUCAAUCUCUCUCCUCCUUCGAAUCCCAAGACGGCCAGAGAGGAGAGAGAGAGGGAGAGAGAGAGAGAGAAAGGGGGGCUAGAGAGACGUUGCCGUUGCUGCUGUUCUUAUUAACGUCGCCGCGGCCCCGCUGCGUUCGUAUGCUCCGCGUCGCCCCGGGGCUCCUGCGUCCAUAGGCACAGCCCGCCGCUCCUUCGCGAGGAUCGGAGGAGAGAAAGGGGAGGCCGGCCGAUCCGUCUCCUCCUCCUCCUCCUCCUGCGGGUGCGUCUGACGAAUCCCGGCUGGUUUCUCCACGGGGAUCUUGAUUCGGAUCCUGAGCGGCGUCGGGGAUGAAGGCGGCGGGGAAGGCGGCGGAUGAGAAUCGGAGGCCCGUGACGGGGAAGCCCGUGCCCGGCGUCCGAGAGAUGGGGAACCGGCGGGCGCUCACGGACAUCAAGAACCUCGUCGGGGCUGCCCCGUACCCCUGCGCCGUCGCCAAGAAGCCCAUGCUGCAGAAGAAUGGAAGGGAUGAGAAGAAGCCGGCGUUUGCAAGCAGCCGGCCCAUGACCAGGAAAUUCGCCGCCUCCUUGGCGAGCAAAGGAGAACCUGAACGUCAGGUGACCACAACUGAUCCAGGACUUGGAGCUGAUCACAACAACGAACCGAUCGGCGAUGGCACCAUCGACAUCGACAUCGACGUGGAACAGUACGAGCCGGUCCCCGAUGUUGACAUUGACAUGGAUGAGACAGAUCACAAGGACAGUAUGAACGAAGAUGAAUUUAUCAUGGACAUUGACAGUGUGAACUCGGGGAACCCGCUUGCAGCAACUGAAUACGUCGAAGAGCUUUACAAGUUUUACAGAGAAAAUGAGGCAAAAAGUUGUGUAAAGCCUGAUUACAUGUCCAGCCAACAAGAUAUAAACGCAAAGAUGAGAGCAAUUCUGAUUGAUUGGCUCAUUGAGGUGCAUUACAAGUUCGAACUGAUGGAUGAGACACUGUUUCUUACAGUAAACAUAAUAGAUAGAUUUUUGGAAAAGCAAGUGGUUCCAAGGAAGAAGUUGCAGCUAGUGGGAGUAACAGCUAUGCUUCUUGCUUGCAAAUAUGAGGAGGUCUCAGUUCCAGUUGUUGAAGACCUAGUACUCAUUUCUGACAGAGCCUACACGAAAGGGCAGAUUCUAGAAAUGGAAAAGUUGAUUCUGAACACACUUCAGUUCAAUAUGUCUGUUCCAACACCAUAUGUCUUCAUGAUGAGGUUUCUGAAAGCAGCAGAUUCAGAUAAACAGCUAGAGCUAGUGUCCUUUUUCAUGCUGGAGCUUUGCCUGGUUGAAUACCAAAUGCUGAAGUACCAGCCUUCGCUUCUAGCUGCUGCUGCAGUUUACACUGCGCAAUGUGCUGUCAAUCGCUGUCAGCACUGGACAAAGGUUUGCGAGUCACAUAGCAAAUACACUGGCGACCAACUCCUUGAGUGCUCGAGGAUGAUGGUAGACUUUCACCAGAAGGCUGGAACCGGCAAGCUCACCGGUGUACACAGGAAAUACAGUACGUUCAAGUUUGGGUGCGCAGCCAAGGUUGAGCCUGCGCUGUUCUUGCUGGAGUCAGGAGGCACAUCGCCUCCAUCUUCAGGCACAAUCUAGUUGAAUCUCUCUAUCCAACUGGAUCAAUUUUAACCUUUUCCAGGAAUUUCCUUGGAGAGCUUCUGCUUAUGAUAAUAUAACAUUUGUUUUUUAUCUAUGUCGUGAAUGACAUUAGUGGUGGUCGGUCGGUCGGUCAGUCAAGUCCGGCUAAUAACGAAUUGGCCUGUUUUACUGUUUUAGGAAUUGCUGUUGGAACCUUGUAAAGAAAACAAGUUCUUGAUAUCUCUCAUUUCGUUGUUCCUUCGAUU